AGGCAGAAUAACACUAACAGACAAAAAUUUAGCCCUUCAGCAUCCAUACUAACAUAAAUCGUAUGGAUGAAGGUACAAAUAAACACAAUUCACAACAAUAGCCAUUUUUGUACGAGGUCACGAGGGGUGUGUCGUCUAGCUAAUGACGUCACACUACAGGAAGUAAACAUUCGACCACAGAUAUCUUGUCGAUUGGACAUUUUUAUCAUUUUACUAAGAUCUGAUGCUGAUGCACACGUGAGCUCCACCUGCCAUCUUGACAGUGUCAAGCCAAAGACUCUCCCAGCAUGUCGGAGGUGCUGGGACAGAGGUUUUUGGUGGUCUUGGGUGUGCUGUUGGCUUGGCUGGUGCUUUUUCAUCUGCUUGUUAAUAUCUGGCUGCUCUGCAUGUUCACCAGUCUGCUGGUGGUGCUUGGGGGGUGGCUCGGCUCCCAGGCGGUCUUGGAAUCUAACAGUGUGAUUCACCUGGAGAGGUUCAUCACAUUUCAACAGAUUCCUUCCUCUCUGGAGGAUGAGCAUGGCUUGGACCAGGAGAUCCACAAUACUGUGGGGAAAAUCAUCAGGGACUUUGUUAUUUCCUGGUACUCGACUGUGUCUUCUGAGAGGGGUUUUGAAAAGGAGGUUCAAGAGGCCAUGAUAUCCAUGUUUAUGGAGCUGAAGAUGCGCGCAAAGCAGGUGGACAGAAAGGGACUGACUCAGAGGAUUUUGGAGCUGUUUGGUUGCCAUCUGCAGGACUACCUCAGAGCCAAAGAGCUUGUUGUGCAGCAGCAGGGGUCUCCCAAAAGCAGCUAUGAGAGCAAGAAAUUGUGGCUGGCGUACUCUGGGAUUACCACACCUCACUUUGUCAUGAACGGACAGACAGCAGAAGUCAAUUACACCCGAGCACUGGUGGACUUACUGCUGCAUGUCUUAGUGCCCCGGCCUCACUUGGAAACACGCACUGGACAAUUUGUUGUCGGAGAGCUCAUCACCUGCAACGUCCUGCUCCCUCUUUUUGAGAAGUUGUCUGACCCUGACUGGUUAAAUCUUUUCAUGAUAGAAAUAUUUGGCAAAACAAAGAUGGAUGGAGAAGAGGUCCUAAAUUCAUCUUCAUCUUCACUCCCUGCAGAAUUACAAACCACUCAGCAGCAAGCGACCACAUUGCCGCUUCAAAACAAUACUGAUGUCCCUCCGCCAAAACCUCAAACAGAAACAGGAAAUUCUGCAGAUAUGGCCAUGUCUGAACUCGCUGUGUCGAAUAAGGAUGAGGUAGAAACUGCGGACUGUCAGGAGACUCAAACUGAAGAUGACACAGCUCAGUUGUUCUCAAGAAAUUUGAGGAGCAAAUCAAACCCCUUUUACCAAGAAAAUGAUUCUGACUUGGACUCUCCGUUCGGUGACUAUACGCAGAGUUCCAUAGACUCGCUGGUCAUGAUUGGGCAAGAGGAGGGCUUGUAUGACCAACAGAAAGAAUAUGGUACAUCUGUUGAUAGUAACAAUAGUAAUGACUUGGAGGACCUGUGUUCCAUUCAGGAAAAUGGCUCCUGCCCUCAAGGGGCCAAUUUACAGACAUUAGAGCAUCCAAAUGACUCACUGGAAAAGAACGCUGAUAGCACUCCCAUCAGCAACCUUCGGAACUUGGAAUGCUAUGGUAGCUUAGCGAGGGAGUUUCCUCUGGUUGUAGAACCAAUCGGGAACACCAAUGAAGGGACAGCCAUGAGCCCGUUACAAGGGUCUUCACCCUUGCCUUCAUUUAGUUUUGAGCCUCUAAGCAGCCCCGAUGGACCGAUUAUUAUCCAAAACCUUCGAAUCACUGGCACCAUCACAGCAAAGGAACACCGUGGCACCGGCUCACACCCUUACACUCUUUACACCAUCAAGUAUGAGACGGCCAUGACUUGUGAAAACCCAGUGCACUUCCAACCCUGCUCUGAAGAUGGCAACACAUUGCACAUAGGUUUCGAAAGUUCUUCUUCCAUUCAACCGGUGGCAUAUCACAUGGUCAACAGGCGAUACAGCGAAUUUCUUAACCUACAAACACGAGUGGAAGAGAGAACAGACCUCAAGAAACUCAUCAAAGGUGUAAAAGGUCCGAAGAAAAUCUUUCCAGACAUGCCGUUUGGAAACAUGGACAGUGACAAGAUCGAGGCUCGGAAAGGAAUGCUUGAGACCUAUCUAAAGCAUCUCUGUGCUAUUCCCGAAAUAGCCAACAGUGAACAGAUGCAAGAGUUUUUGGCUCUGAAUACGGAUGCCCGGAUUGCCUUUGUCAAGAAACCUUUUAUUGUCUCACGCAUCGACAAGAUUGUCAUGAAUGCAAUAGUGGACACACUGAAGACGGCUUUUCCUCAUUCAGAGCCCCAGAGCCCAACUGAGGAAAAUGAAGGCGAGGUGAUCACUGACAAAAAGAGCAAGUCACGCUUGAAAUUCUCCAGUAAAAGCGUCCCGUUUAUGAAUGGCUCCGAGAUUAGACCACCUGUUUUGUUUAGCUUGGAACAAACUCACACAAUGUUUAAUGGGAUGUCUUUGGCGGAUCUGCAGUUUUUUAUCUCGAAACAAGAAAAACUCACCAUGACGUCCAUGCCAAACUGUGGGGAUAGAGAUAGUCCAUUGGUUACAGAAACGGGACAUAGUCAACAUAAAUGCUCCACUGAAAGUCAUGAUCGUGCCGAGACGGCGUUGGCUGAUGUGGCGUUGAACAUCCUGUGUCUACUCAUGAGAGAGCAGUGGAGCUGGCUUUGCACGGAGAAUAUUCAAAGGACCAUCAGGCUGCUCUUUGGGACCCUGAUUAACAGAUGGCUAGAUGUGAGUGUGGCCAACCUGACAUGUACCAGAUCCUGGGUAUAUUACCUUCAGGCCAUCCAGGAGUCUGUGUGGCCAGGAGGAGUUCUGCCCUCUACCUUUGAAACAGAUCGAAGUCAGAGUCAGAAGGACGACACCAAGGAGGAAGCCUUGCAUUGUUUGAUGAGUCUUAUACCAGAUUUAAUCUCAGAUUUGCUUGGCCCAGACAAGUACAAGAUCAGCUGGCGGACUGUUCUUGACUCCUUCCAGGAUGCCAACAUUAACAGACACCUGGUUUACUGCCUAUGUGACAUUUUAUUGGAGUUCCUAGUCCCUGAAUUACCGGAGCAGAGUUUUCAGAACAGUUUGCUGCAGAGCCCCUCCAAGAACCCAGAGAAGCUCCUGGCAUGAGAACAUGAGACGACAACCCAAACCAGUUUUUGGUUUUCGUGCCUGAUGGGAUUCUACUGGUGAGAUUGAGCACCCUCAAAUGUUACUCGGGACUGUUGCCAAGAGUUCAGACUAACCAUUACACAUGCAUGUGGUAUUGAAUAAUAUGGUUUGGAUCAAUGAACCUCAUGGGUAUUCUGUCCUGACCUCUUGGAAAUAAGUAUUAGUAUUUUGAUCCUUUGCUGAUUACAACAAAAUUUGAACAGUCCAGAUUUUUAUGGUAGAUUUAUUUUAACUGAGAAACACAACUUCCCAUCCAACCUAUGAGCUAUGAACCACUCAUCCGCCGUGCAGCAGAAACACAACGUGUUUCACACAAAUAAUCCUGAUAAAUAAAGGUUAUGUAUCUGUGAUCACACACAUUAGCCCUGUCCCUUUAGCAAAGUACUCCUAAUCUCAACUCAUUAUCUGCAUAAAAGACACCUGUCACAGUAACAGUCACGUCCACCACCAUGGGCAAGACCAAAGAGCUGGCAAAGGAUCUCAGGAACAAGGUGGUAGACCUGCUCAAGACGGGAAUGGGCUACAAGACCAAGAGAUCACGACUGGAGUAAUAAUAAUUUGGAGAUCAAUUACUUAUAUUUACUAAAUUUAAGACAAAUACAUUUCUAUUUUUUUUUUUACAUACAAAUGUAUGUUUAUCCUCUUUUUGCCUGUUAGUGAUCCUGUGUGUGGUUUACCCAUGAUGUGCGGUGAGCUUCAUGCCUGGUGACAUGCUGACUCCUGUUUUUCAUGUUAAUACAUGUUACAAAAGAAUCUACAGUCACUUUGUUGAAUAUUUUUGCAUUUUAAAAAUGGAAUGACCAUUUCUUUGUCCUACGCCAUACAAACCAUGCUAUUCCUUACAUAAGCCAGUUUACAUACUGUAUAUGAAUGUAGAUUCCCAAUGUCUGGUAUCUAUAUUUGGAUUUAAAUUUGAGUGGAUGAUAUUCUUUAGUCAUUGUUGCUUUUAUUGCUUGGUGAUGACUGUUCUAUGUGUCGCUUUGCGUGUUUAGAAAAGCACUAUGUAAUCUCAAAUCUAAUAUUACUAUUUCUGUUGUCACAAGCAAAAUAUUCUCCCCACAGCACCUCGUGUACACUCUAAAUAUUGUACAAACAUGGCAGAGCUUGGUCACGAAGCACGCUGAAAAGAGCCCCAGUGCCGGUAAAGACCCUCAGUAAUAGUGCACGUUAUGAGCCCCGAUUCCACGAAGUCUAUUUAUGGAGUUAGUCAGCUUGGGGGAUCCACUGGGAAAGACAUUUUUCUCUCAGAGCUGCAAACAGUUAUGGUUCCGAAUGAUGUCACUGCAUAUUGGUUCUCUGGAAUGUGUGAGGAGCGUGGGGCUAGACAUGUGGAAAGUGCCUUGAGAUCAUUGUUGUGAAUUUGGCCAUAUAAAAUAAAUUUGACUUGACUCAUGAAGAAAAUUUACAUCAAAUUUGAGUUCUUCUAGAUUGCCUGAUCUGCCUUUCCGAUUGUAUUUGUUGGCAUUAUAUGUUAAUAUUUAAUAUUCAAUGUUGUUUUUUUGUUAACCUACAUGCUGACCUUUUUUCAUUAUGUGCUGGAAUAUGUACUGUAAACCUGUAUGUAGUGUACCAUUACUGACACCUAGUGCCCGGUCUAGAAUACUACAUAUCACAGCGUCUUAGUGUGACUUUUGAAUGCCUUAUAGUUGUAUUUUGUUUCAUUUAGCCAUUUCUAUGCAUUUUAUGUUCUUUUGGGCCAAACAAUUGCUUAAAUAUGCAAAUUUUCCAAGUAAUAAUAGGCCGUAGAAUUAAUUUCAAAAACCGUGACAGAUUGAAGCUGUGAAAUUUGAAGCGCAAAGUGGUGAUGGACGACUAUACUGUGUUGUACCCCUGACAAAAUGAAGUCAAGUAUGAAUGAAAAGACUAAAGAGAGACUAAACACUAACAAAAACGCUGGUGCAAUCAUUCAGAAGGAUGAAAAAUGUACCUAUUCAAUGAUAUAGAAAGAGAUCGGGAACUCGGUGAACUUGCUUAGUGGUAUUUCAGACUUGCUGGCUUGUUGUGUUCAUUCUGUUUAGCCAGCCUCUCGGCUAUGUUCUUUAUUGGGGGGGGUGUCAUGAGGUUAAAACAGUUAAAACAGUAUUUCUUGUUUAGUGAAAAGCAGAAGCAGAAGCAGAAGAAGAAAUCAGACCGUGAUCUGUGGCUGUGUUAAGAUACAAUGGAGUGGGGCCUCUGCCAGCCAGCGACAGUUAUUUGGGUGAUGUCAUCCUCGUUAGCAUUCCAGUCAGAUGCAAUGAUGGUCACGGAGCCACCUGAAGCCAAGGCAGUUUUUUAAUCUCUUAAGAAAGGAUGAAAGGACAGCAUUGUUUAUGGGAGAGAGGCGGCGUUGUAGACCUCCUCCUCGGUUCGGAAAUGGUUUCCUAAAUUUGACAUAGAUGAACUUCUUCAAUCCCGAUUAUUUAUAUUUCUGUCCUGGAAAAUUGACUUCCUAACACUGGUGUCAAUCUGGUACGAUGGACAUUUAGAUCCAUCUACCCAAGUUCAUACAAGGUUAACAACUGUGGAUACUUUGGUCUGUAUCGUGUAUGAUAUAACUCCCCAGACAGAUCAGCUAAGUCAUUAGCGCUAGUGUAGUAAAUACUUUCAAAAUCUUGUUUUUUCUUUCAAUCAGUCUGCACAGGAUGAUUUAUAUGGAAACCACAUGUUCUUCAUCCUCAGUCGGUUACACAAUCUCCUCUUUCAGCGCCCCUCCUGUGCACAUGCUGUCUGACAUGCUUUUGCUGUCUGGUUGUUUUCUGAAGGCAUGCUCCACCUUCUGCUGUCAAACUCAUGUUUUCCUGGCUUACGUAAUAAGAUGAUGACACACACACACACACACACUGAAGCUCAGACGACACCCAUGUUUGAACACAUUGGCAUUUACUUGAGACCCCUUCAAAAGUGCCACAAGUGUUUCCUGCAAACACUGAAUAGAAAUGAAGGGUGGAUGCCAACCUCUUUUAGAUGGUGAGCUUCUUCUUUUUAGUAGGUGGACACUGAAUAUGACUGGUCUUCUGUAGGCCUGCAUGCAGGCCCUCAAAGACCGUGUGUCUUUUUUAACAGACUUUUAAAAAGCUGGCCAAUACUCACAACAGAACGACAGGGCCCUCUAGUGGCUACAAGUGUCUGGAAUGUUGCUGAUCCCCCCAAAUACAUGAAUAAGCUAAUGUAUAAUGAACAUAGUCUUGAAUAUAUACAUAAACAAAUCUCUGCCAGUGCCAAUUAAAUCCACAUCACGAAAAAAAUACCAAGUUUAUGAGUUUAAAACCUCCCAUAUAAACACUAGUAUACUGUACAGUAUACUAGUACAGCAUCCAUGUACAGGGUGCUCCAAAAGUGUGUACAAAUAGGCAAAAAUGCAUAUAUUUCAACAAUGAUUUAAAAAUUCUCCUUCUGCUGGAACUGCUCUGCUGCCCCCUGUCUGCUUUCUCUUGUAGUGCAUUGCAGGUGUGAAGGGCCGCCUGCACACACCUGACAGCAAUCUCAAUCAGGCUCACCUUCUUCAGGUGAGCUGGAGACUGACUCCUUGCAUUACGUCAUAUUGUGCAUUCUUGUGUGUAGAACUUUCUGAUUGCUUAUUCUCCAAGUUAAGUUCUCCAUUCUGGUGAGGACUUGUUUCUGUGUGGCUAUUCCAGCAGCACAUUGUCUUCUGUGGUAUUCAUUCACACAAAUAAAUAUUCCCUUCUAUGCAGUUACAUUCAUUAGAAUAUA